CUCACAGACCUCGAGAUCAUGACCCGAGCCGAAGUCGGACACUCAACCAACUGAGCCACCCAGCCGCCCCUAGGAUGAAUGUUUUCUGUUCAGCUUUUCUCUUCUGUUGAUAAACCUCUUUGAAAGGGAGAAGAAAGCAAUCCUUUUCUGGAUUUCUUGGGCUUCAGCCCAAAAGUCUGGUAAUCUCUUUUGUUUGAUUUUGUGAGUUUUGCUGUUCUCCUGGCUCUGCUGAUAAAGCAGGAGGAAAUGGGCUGAAAAUGCAACCCAAAGGGUUCAGGGAAAGGCAUAAUUUCCUGAGGUUCUGGAAUGGUCAGUGAAAAGAUUUGGGUUCUCAAAGACCUUUGCAAACAGGAGGCAGCCCACAUUUGUGGAAUGGUUGGUGAGUACUAUAUCUAAAAGGCAGGAGCAUAGACAUGGGACUCUCAUAAUUCCUACCCACCCCCCCCCCAUUCUGUUAAUAGUCCCUGAAUAGCCCCUGACUUGUUCUGUGACUCAGUUUCCCCAUCUGUAUGAGGAAGAUGCUUGUUCCUCAGGUGGUGAGGGCUGUGCAACAAGUCUGUGCAGGUUGUAAGGCGUGGUGACAGUUCUGAGUAUUCUGGGUCAUUGUCCUCACCAUGACAGAAUCUGUCACAUCCUUCCUUGUGGGUUCUCCCCACGAGUCGUGUCUGGGGCCCCUGAGUCUUGGCUUUUACUAGUCCCACGAAAGCCAAUCUGGAGCUCUUAAGAAGAAGGCAGCCAUCUCCCCCUUUCAAGCAACCCACUUUCCUCCAGUGGGCUGCUAAUUCUUUGCUGGAGUGGCAAACACUGUUACCAAACCCUUUUGCUUCCUGGCCCCUUUUAGAGUCAGCUUUCUGACAAAGUCCUCUCUGACCCCGGGCAUUUACUCAUUCCUAGGUGACUUAUUGUUAUUUUUCUCUCUUCCCCAGCCUCCUGGCUCUAGAUACCACUAGAGCCCAAGGGGCCACCUGCUCUGCUUUUAGCUUGGGCAGAACUAUUGACCUGGCUCAACGGGGAAAAAAGCCUGAGCAGGAGUGGGGGUAGGGCAGAGAUCACCCAGUUGCUUUCUAUUGUCACCGAAUGCCCCUCAAGCUGCUGAGGCUACUGGUCCGUCCCCUACUGUAGGCCAGGGAGACUGUCCUGAGUCAGUGCUUCCUAUUUGGGAAGUGGGAUCCUUUGCUGGAGCCCUGGAACGGUUCCCGUGAGAGAAGUCAGACUUUGGAUAUAUUGCAGGGGUGAAGGGGGGGGGGGGGAGUGCGGUAAGAGAUGCAUCGCUGUAGAUCAUCCUGAAGUAUCAGGAACUCUCCAGCUCAGAGAUGGAUUUGUUGUCUAUUUUACCUCCAGGAGAGGAGGCUUUUACGUUCGUAUCAAUUUCCAGAACUCUCUCAUGCUAGAACGGUUUUUUUCCAUUUAGAGAAUUAAUGGACUGGGUCUAUUUAUCUUAAUCAAGGGAGGCAGUGGUAUGCUGGCUGUGGGGAAUAUUUGGUCCUAUCCUCUUGCUUGCAGUCCUGAAGUCCUGGAAACUCCUGAAUGCAGCAUGGGGCCUUGCAGGGGUUUGGGGCGGUAGUGGACCAAGUUGAGAUGUGAAAGGUCAGGAGUCAAAGUUACGGGGAUAUAAGAUCCCUGUCAUGGGGCUGGUGAAGUUCCAGUGCCCACAGUCUGAUGCUCUUAGGCAUUCUUCACUGUCCCGAAGUUGUAAAUAAACCCGUUGCACAAUCCGCAACCCAGAAUUCACAGCCCUUAGCCCAGAAAGCAGCUGGGCCUUGGAGGUGUUUGCUCACGACCUUUUCUCUCGCCACACCCUGGGGCUCUUGGGAGGAGCUGAGGUCUGAGCUGCAGUGCCAGGAUGCUGCCUCUGUUGGUGCGGGCCUUCUGCUGCCUUCUUGGGUCCCGUCACAUCCUUCUUGCUCAGCCAUUGGGUGCUCAGCAUGGAAACUGCCGUCCCCUGUUUGGAAGGCAGCACAUGGCUUGGCUUCACGGAGUUGUGGUUGGAGACUGAAGCGGCCCCUCUCUCAGACUCUCUGUAGCCGGUCUGUAGGAGGAAAGGGAAGGACUCCAAUGCCCUGCAGGUUCGAGAAGAUGGAAGGACAAGUGGUAGGCACGAUGCUCAGGCUGUUCCGCAACCGGCUGCCCCGACUCCGAGCAGGAAGUCGCCAGGACAACCUGAGGGAAGCUGCGAAGGAACCAGAAAGGGCCCCGGAGCACUGUCUGUCCACCUUUGCUGGAGGGCAGCACUUCUUUGAAUACCUCUUCGUGGUUUCCCUCAAAAAAAAGAGUUCAGGGCAUGACUAUGAGCCCACCAUCACCUACCAGUUUCCCAAGCGAGAGAACCUGCUUCGGGGCCAGCAGGAGGAGGAGGAACGGCUGCUCAGUGCCAUCCCCUUGUUCUGCUUCCCAGAUGGGAAUGAGUGGGCACCACUCACUGAGUACCCCAGGGAGACCUUUUCCUUCGUUCUGACCAACGUGGAUGGGAGCAGGAAGAUUGGAUACUGCAGGCGCCUCUUGCCCGCCGGCCGUGGCCCUCGCCUUCCCAAGGUUUACUGCAUCAUCAGCUGCAUCGGCUGCUUUGGCCUGUUCUCCAAGAUCCUGGAUGAGGUGGAGAAGAGGCACCAGAUCUCCGUGGCCGUCAUUUACCCGUUCAUGCAGGGCCUCCGAGAGGCGGCCUUCCCUGCCCCCGGGAAGACUGUCACCCUCAAGAGCUUCAUCCCCGACUCGGGCACUGAGUUCAUCUCCCUGACACGGCCCCUGGACUCCCACCUAGAACACGUGGAUUUUAGAUCUCUGUUGCGCUGUCUCCGUUUUGAGCAGAUCCUUCAUAUAUUUGCCUCUGCAGUGCUGGAGAGAAGAAUCAUCUUCCUGGCAGAAGAUCUCAGCACCCUGUCUCAGUGCAUCCACGCUGCCGCCGCGCUGCUCUACCCCUUCAGCUGGGCGCACACCUACAUCCCCGUUGUCCCCGAGAGCCUUUUGGACACUGUCUGCUGCCCCACUCCCUUCAUGGUCGGAGUACAAAUGCGCUUUCAGCAGCAGGUUAUGGAUAGCCCCAUGGAAGAGGUCCUAUUGGUGAAUCUUUGUGAAGGAACCUUCUUAAUGUCAGUUGGUGAUGAAAAAGAUAUCCUACCACCCAAGCUUCAGGAUGACAUCUUAGAGUCUCUUGGCCAGGGGAUCAAUGAGUUCGAGACAGCUUCCGAACAGCUCAACGAGCAUGUUUCGGGCCCAUUUGUGCAGUUCUUUGUCAAGACUGUGGGCCACUAUGCUUCCUACAUCAAGCGGGAGGCAAACGGGCAAGGCCGCUUCCAAGAACGGGCCUUCUAUAAGGCUCUGACCUCCAAGACCAACCGCCGAUUUGUGAAGAAGUUUGUGAAGACACAGCUCUUCUCCCUUUUCAUCCAGGAAGCUGAGAAGAGCAAGCACCCUCCUGCAGGCUACUUCCAACAGAAGAUACUUGAAUACGAGGAACAGAAGAAACAGAAGAAAUCAAGGGAAAAGACUGUGAAAUAAGAGCUGUGGUCAAAAGCGGGGGACUGGACUCACGGGUCAGUUUUGGACUUUGGCCCCUGCCAGCACGGUGGGAUUGGCAAAGCUUGCAGCCCCCAGAACCCACGGCCUUCUUCCGAGUCCUGGUAACCAGGUCUGGCGUCAAGCUGGUGUCUUGGGUUUGGGAUCCCUGGAAUCAGCUUUCCCAGGACCGUGGAAGGCUCGGACCUCCGUGCUCACGGAGCUGGGCUCAAAGCUACAUUUUCUGCGCAGGUGACACAGCACAGUAGCACAGGUGCUGUGGAGCCUUAGAAGUUGCUGUGAAUGCCCUCUUCCAGGAACCACUAUGAUGAAGUCCUCAACAGGGAAAGUACUUGUGGCCCAAAGGCUCAGUCUCUCCACGUAAAAAAGAGGUCUGUGGACAUAGGAAGAUAAGAAUAAAGAUGAAAGUCUUGUUUA